GCCGAUCGCGGCGCCGGAACCCCGCGCCGGCCAUGGCGGGGCCGCGGGGCGCGCUGCUGGCCUGGUGUCGCCGCCAGUGCGAGGGCUACCGCGGCGUGGACGUCCGCGACCUGAGCGGCUCCUUCCGGGACGGCCUGGCCUUCUGCGCCAUCCUGCACCGGCACCGGCCCGACCUCCUAGACUUUGACUCGCUUUCCAAGGACAAUGUCUUCGAGAAUAACCGUUUGGCUUUUGAGGUAGCUGAGAAGGAGCUGGGGAUCCCUGCUCUCCUGGACCCCCAGGACAUGGUCUCCAUGCGCGUGCCCGACUGCCUCAGCAUCAUGACCUAUGUGUCCCAGUACUAUAACCACUUCACCAGCCCCGGCCAAGCUGGUGUCUCACCACCCAGAAAGGACCUGCCAUCCUCCUCCUCUUCCCCGCCGACGGCACCCACCACCGUGGAGCCAGAAGAAAAGGCUGAGGGUGAAGAUCUCUCCCGCAGCUUGGCAGAGCAGGGCCUCCACCGGGCGCCCAGCAGCACGUGUGCGGCCUGUGGGCAGCGUGUGCACCUGGUGCAGCGGUACCUGGCUGAGGGCAGGCUCUACCACCGCCACUGCUUCCGGUGUCGGCAGUGCUCCAGCACCCUCCUCCCUGGGGCCUACAGGAAUGGGCCGGAGGAGGGGACCUUCGUGUGUGCUGAACGCUGCACCAGGCCGGGCCCCGGGGGCCGGGCAGGAUCGGGGCCUGGGUCCCUCCUGCAGACAAGGCAGCCGCACGCCACGGAAGCCAAGGAUAGUGAUGCAGGUGGUUCCAGCCCCAGGGCUGAUGCAGAUGCACCCAAGGCCCGUGCCGAGGCCCGGCCUCAGGUCCCCACCAAGCCCCCGAUUCCGGGCAGAUCCCCGGAGCUGGCCAGUCCCCCUGCAGCCCGGCCUACACCUGCUCCCAGGAAGGCCUCCGAAAGCACAGCUUCCACGCCCCCCACGCCGCGGCCCCGGUCCAGCCUGCAGCAGGACAGCCCUGUGGAGCAGAGUGGCGGUGGCGGUGGCCUCGUGAACGGGAGACUGCAGGACCCCCCGGUCCCCAAGCCAAGAGGGACACCCAAGCUGUCAGAGAGGUCCCCAGCCCCCAGGAAAGACCCCCCAUGGAUCACACUAGUCCAGACCGAGCCCAAGAAGAAGCCGGCUCCGCUGCCCCCCAGCGGCAGCCCUGGGCUGCUGGGCCAGGCCGGCGGGCAGGUGGAGAAUGGCAGCGUGGAAGAGGGGGGCCAGCCGAGCCCUGCAGCUGGCGCAGAGCCCAAGCCCUACAACCCCUUUGAGGAGGAGGAGGAGGAGGAGGAGGAGGAAGAGGUGCCAGCCCCCACGGUGCCCAGCUCAGCCCCCAGCCCUGCCCCAGCCCCGGCAGAGUCCACUCCCAAGUCCUUGCACCCCUGGUAUGGUAUCACCCCCACCAGCAGCCCCAAGACGAAGAAGCGUCCUGCUCCGAGAGCCCCCAGCGCGUCCCCUCUCGCUCUGCACACCGCCCGCCUCUCGCACUCGGAGCCCCCCUCGGCCACGCCGUCGCCGGCCCUCAGCGUGGAGAGCCUGGCCUCCGAGAGCUGCAGCCGCACGGCCAGCGCCGAGCUCCCGGAACCCCCUGCCGUGCCCAAGAGCUCCUCAGAGCCCGCGGUGCACGCCCCCGGCGCCCCCGGCGCCCUCGCCAACCCCGCCGGCCCCUCGGCCGACUCCUCCCCGUCCUCCGGAGAACGGACGCCGCCCGGCGCGGAACGGGCACCUCGGGCCAGGACCAGGGGCAGCCCCGGCCCCCCGCCGGCCAAGCCCUGCACGGGUGCCACCCCUACCCCUCUCUUGCUGGCUAGAGACCAAAGCCCCGUGCCUUCCCUGGGGAGCUCCUCCCCACAGCUGCAGGUCAAGUCUUCCUGCAAGGAGAAUCCUUUCAACCGGAAGCCAUCACCGGCAGCGUCUCCAGCCACAAAGAAGGCCACCAAAGGAGCCAAACCUGCCAGGCCGCGCCCCGGGCACGGCUUUCCCCUCAUCAAGCGCAAGGUUCAAGCUGACCAGUACGUCCCCGAGGAGGACAUUUACGGAGAGAUGGACAGCAUCGAGCGCCAGCUGGAUGCCCUGGAGCACCGCGGGGUCCUGCUGGAGGAGAAGCUGCGCGGCGGAGCGCCGGAGGGCCGCGAGGACGACAUGCUGGUCGACUGGUUCAAGCUGAUUCAUGAGAAGCACCUGCUGGUGAGGCGGGAGUCGGAGCUCAUUUACAUCUUCAAGCAGCAGAACCUGGAGCAGCGGCAGGCCGACGUGGAAUACGAACUCCGGUGCCUUCUCAACAAGCCUGAAAAGGACUGGACGGAGGAGGACUGGGGCCGGGAGAAGGCGCUGAUGCAGGAGCUUGUGACCCUCAUUGAGCAGCGCAACGCCAUCGUCAACUGCCUGGACGAGGACCGGCAGAGGGAGGAGGAGGAAGACAAGAUGUUGGAAGCCAUGAUCAAGAAGAAAGAGUUCCAGAAGGAGGCUGAACCGGAGGGCAAGAAGAAGGGGAAGUUCAAGAACAUGAAGAUGUUGCGGCUGCUGGGAACUAAGCGAGAUGCCAAAAGCAGAUCUCCCCGGGACAAGAGCUGACAGGGAGACAGGCGGCGUGACUGCCCGCUCCCGGAGCCCCCGGGGCCCCCCGGGGCUGGAGAAAGCUGCUCCCGCCCUGCCCGCCUCCGGAUCCUCUGGCUUGCCUGGGCCAAAGAGUUUCCUUCCUUCCUUCUCUGCAUCCUCAACAGCUGGGACUCCGCCUUGUCCAGUGGGAUUCUGACCAGUUCAGAUGCGGAUGGACUCACGAGGCAAGUGGGGACCUGGGGCCCAGGAGGGGGCAGUGGCACCGUGCCCCUCGGCCCCUCCUCCCUUCUGGACCAGGCCACAUGCACGCCCUGCGGUCAGAGUUCUGCCCAGAGUGGGGCUCCCGGCCUGGGGCCGUCUCUGCCCCCGGUGGCUCCUUCCUACCCAGCCCACCUGACUCUCUGUCUUCCAUCCACUGCCUGGUCUUUCGUGGUCCCUCACUCAGGAGCUCUAUUUAUGACGUCUUCAGCUCCACCUAGUUUCCGGGUGGUCUGUGCCGCCACCUCCUCUCUCCCUCAGAGUUCCGGAAGCUUCCUCUCACUGUGUUCCAUAGGAAGCCCCACCUACCGUAGCACAGGCCCCUGGAGGCUGCUGCCAGGGAAGGUGGGUGCCAACUGUAGCUGCCUCGGUGCCAAGUCCCUUGGCAGGGGCCCCUGAGGGACAGUUCCGGGGGAAGUUCUGGGCUCCAUCAUCAGCAUAGGGAAGGGCACUUCUGGAAGGUGCUAACCAUGGUUCUCCGUCAUGUUGUAGUCUGACCCCUGCUGUGGGCUUUCUUCCUCUAUCCCACCUGCAGGGAUGGGGCCCAUCCUGCCCCUGGUCCUCACCAGUCUGUUUCUGUUGUUCUUCCCUCCUGAUUCCUGAGGGACUGAUGGCCACCACCCUCUGGGUGGCUACGGGGGAGGAGAAGCACUAGAGACAACACUUUUGUUUUGUUUUUGGUGUGUGUGUGUGUUUUGUGUGUGUAUCUGUGGGUGUUUU